AUGGCCAGGGUCUUCGAAAAUGAGCUAUCGGGGUUCUCCACCGUGGAUCCAGAAUUGCACAAGAUUCGGAGGAAGGCUUUGAAUCCGUUCUUUUCGAAGGGCGAGCUGCUGAAAAGAGGCCCCAAAAUCCAGUUGGUGAUGGACAGGCUUUCUGAGCGCCUUGAACAGGACUUUCUCGGCCAUUCGGACAGAGUGGUCUGCAUUAACGACAUGUGGAGUGUGUACACCGCCGAUUUGAUUGCAGAAUAUGCAUUUGAACGGCGCUAUAAUUUCAUCGACCGGCCAGAUUUCAAGGCCGAUUUCACUAAAGCCUUAGUGCACCUUUCGGAACCGACGCACUUGGCCCAACAGUUUCCAUGGCUCACAGAUUUAUUGAAGGCACUGCCAAAUUCGGUGCUUGAAUCAUUGCAUCCGCACAUUGCUGCUUUCAACAAAUUCAAAGCUGACAUCCUAGACCAAGUCAGAAUCGCAAAAGCCAACUCUGAGAAAGAUCUUUCUGAAGACGACACAGUGUUCCGCGCAAUCUUCAGCUCGAACCUUCCAGACGCCGAGAAAUCUAUUGAAAGAGUUCACCAAGAAGCAAUCGCAAUGGCAGCUGCAGGUACAGAAACUGUCGCAGCCACCCUAUCUGUCGCGACCUUCCAUAUCCUCAACAACCCGCAUAUUCGGAGACGGCUUGACGAGGAAUUGGCUGCUGUCCUACCUGAUUCCCGGUCGUUAGAUGCCUCAAUGCCUAGUCUUGAGAUCCUAUGGCAGCUACCAUACCUCACUGGGAUCAUCAACGAGGCGCUUCGACUGUCAUAUGGUAUGUACGCGCGCAUCUCUCGCACUUCGGACAUACCAAUUCAGUAUGGUGAGUGGGUAAUACCACCCGGAGUGAUCUUCAGCAUGGAUAUAGCCCCGGCGCACCACGACGAGAGAAUCUUCCCCGACUCCUACAAUUUCAAACCUGAGCGAUGGCUCAACAGUCCGCAGGCUUUCGACGGGAAGCCACUGACACGGUAUCUCUUCAGCUUCAGUCGGGGCACCCGAAGCUGUCUUGGCAUGCAACUAGCUCUCGCCGAGAUGUAUAUUGCCAUUCCGUCGUUCUUCUCGCGCUUCGAUGCUGAUCUGUUCGACACUGACCUGACUGAUAUCACGUUUGUUCGGGAUCGGUUUGUGCCGCGACCAAGGAUCGGGAGUAAGGGAGUGAGGGUGAAGAAGCUCGAAGCUAGGGGUGUCUAG